GUUUAAUUUACAUUUUUUUUUAUAAUUUUUUAUUUCACAUUAAAAAAAUUAAAGUUAAAACUAUUAAAAACUACAAAAAUAUUUAUAUUAUUUUAAAACAAUUGACAAAUAUUUCUCUUGAUAUUUUGCCAUGAUAUCUGAUUUAUUUAUAUGUUAAUACAAUUAAUUUCAUUUAUAUUAUAUAUUUUUUUAUGUAUAAAUAUUGUAAAUUUUAUAAUUAAUUAAAUAUAUUGACUUAAAUAUUAUAUAUAAAUUAUAUAUAAAUUAUAAUCUUCGUCAUUAUUGACAAAUACAUAAAGUCGUAAACAUUUAUCAAUCAAUUAAUAAUCAUAAAUUAUAAAAUGACGAUAAAUAUUGAUAUCAAAUUAAAAAGAGCUAGUAAAAUAUAUCACGAAGGAGAAAUAGUUGCUGGUUUUAUAUUACUACAAACUAAUUCAGAUGUUAAACAUGAUGGAAUAUUCUUAAGCAUGGAAGGUUCUGUUAAUUUACAGCUUAGUUCAAAAAAUUUUGGUAUUUUUGAAGCUUUUUACAAUUCUGUAAAGCCAAUACAAUUAGUUCAAUAUACUUUAGAUGUUGCUCCAAGUGGAAAAAUACCAAGUGGUAGAACAGAAAUACCAUUUGAAUUACCAUUAAAACCAAGAGGAACUAAAUCUUUAUAUGAAACUUAUCAUGGAGUUUUUGUAAAUAUUCAAUAUUUUAUACGUUGUGAUAUAAAAAGAAAUUUUUUAGCAAAGGACGUAAACAAAUCUUUAGAAUUCAUAGUAGAAGAUAAAAUACCUCUCAAAAUACAAAAAGAACCUACUAAAUCAGUAUGUUUUAAUAUUAUGCCAGAAUCUUUGCAAAACACAAGAGAUAGAACAAAUGUACCUAGAUUUUGCAUUUCUGGAAAACUUGAUUCAUUAUAUUGUAAAAUUUCUGAACCCUUAACAGGAGAGGUGAUAAUUGAACAUUGUGAAGCUGUAAUAAAAUCAAUUGAAUUACAAUUAGUAAGAGUAGAGACCUGUGGUUGUGCAGAAGGAUAUUCUAGAGAUGCUACUGAAAUACAAAAUAUACAAAUUGGAGAAGGAAAUGUUUGUACAAAUUUACCUAUACCAAUAUAUAUGAUAUUUCCGAGAUUAUUUACAUGUCCUACAUUAAGUACAAGUAAUUUUAAAGUUGAAUUUGAAGUGAAUUUAAUUGUAAUAUUUGAAGAUGAUUAUUUAGUUACAGAAAAUUUCCCCAUAAUAUUAUCAAGAUAUUAAAUUUUAUAUAAAAAUAUAAUAUUAUAUAUAAAUAAUAUGUAUUAUUUACAAACUGUGUAUAUUUAUUACAAUAAAUGCAAUUUUAUGUUAAA